AUUGUCUGUAUCAGUCUCAGACUUUUGUUUCAUUCUUGGAAUUUCAUUACAGUUGUCUGAAAUGUUGACCUUGUUUUUGACAUGGGGAGUAAUGAUGAUGUUGUGUGGUAGCUUGUGGUAUGUUCUGGGAGUAAGAAAAAGACGCCCAAGGGAGCCACCUUUGGAGAAUGGGAUACUGCCAUAUUUUGGCUAUGCUUUACAGUUUGGGGCCAAUCCUCUCAAAUUCCUCAGGGAACGACAAAAGAAACAUGGUCCCACUUUCACAUGCCAGUUGGCUGGAAAGUAUGUUCAUUUCCUCACAGAUCCAUUUUCCUAUCAUGCAGUGUUGCAACAAGGAAGACACCUGGAUUGGAAAAAGUUCCAUUUUGCAACUUCAGCAAAGGCCUUUGGACAUGGAAGCAUUGAUCCAAAUGAUGGAUUCACUACUGAGAAUAUGCAACAGACCUUCACAAGAACAUUGCAGGGUAAUGCCUUAACAUUUCUCAGUGAAGCUAUGAUGGAGAACCUGCAUUAUGUCAUGGUGGAGCCAAGUGCAGAAAAAAUGAAUUCCAAUGACUGGGUCACUGAUAAGCUUUAUGAAUUCUGCUGUCGUGUGAUGUUUGAAUCCGGGUUUUUAACACUUUUUGGUACAGAAUUUAAUACACAUCAUGACAAGGUCCUUUCUUCUAACCAACAAGCCCAGAGAGCACGUAUCCUCAGAGUCCUAGAGAACUUCAAGGAAUUUGACCAAAUCUUUCCAGCUCUUGUAGCAGGUCUUCCAAUUCAUCUAUUUAAAAAUGCUUACAGUGCACGAGAGAAGCUAGCAGAGGCUCUGCUCCAUGAGAACCUUAAAAAAAGAGAAAAUAUUUCUGAACUCAUUUCCCUCCGUAUGUACUUGAAUGAUACCUUGUCCACUUUUGAUGAUAUGGAAAAAGCAAAGACUCAUCUUGCAGUCCUGUGGGCAUCACAAGCUAACACAAUACCUGCUACAUUUUGGACUUCAUUUUAUCUUAUUAGGAAUCCCAGUGCAAUGAAAGCAGCUACAGAAGAGGCACAUCGAGUGUUAGAAAAUGCUGGUGAAAAGAUCUGCUCAAGUAGGAAACCCAUUUCCUUGAAUCGAAAACAGCUGGAUGAUAUGCCUAUAUUAGACAGCAUUAUAAAGGAAGCACUAAGACUCUCCAGUGCAUCCAUGACAGUCAGAGUUGCUAAGGAAAAUUUCACGUUGCAAUUGGGCAGUGAUUCCUACAAUAUCCGCAAAGAUGACAUCAUAGCUCUUUAUCCCCAGCUGUUGCAUUUUGAUCCUGAAAUCUAUCCUGAUCCAAUGACAUUCAAAUUUGAUCGUUAUCUUGGAGAAAACGGGGAAGAAAAAACUUUCUAUCGUAAUGGCCGCAAAUUAAAAUAUUAUUAUAUGCCAUUUGGAACAGGAUUGGCAAAAUGCCCUGGAAGAUUGUUUGCUAUUAAUGAAAUCAAGCAAUUUCUGACUUUGUUGCUUUUCUAUUUUGAAGUGGAGCUCAUUGACAAGAAUGUAAAGUGUCCUUCUUUAGACCAAUCGCGAGCUGGACUUGGUGUUUUGCAACCUACAAAUGACAUAGAUUUUAAGUACAGAUUAAAACUUCCAUGAAUGUGAGGAGCAAUAUUAUGUCUUAGUGUUCAGUUCCCCAAAGAGGUAGAAAGGUCCAUGCAGCAAGGGUGCUGCAACAUGCUAGAAAUAAUGAGACAGUUUGGAGAAACUGCCAUCGUUGUUUUAUAUGGUUGUAUAGGAUAUAUUUGCCAGUGUAAAUCAGAUUUCUGGACUGAUUCUUGUGAGUUCUGAAAUAGCUGGAGAUAGUUCAGUCCACUAAAUGUGCUUGUAUUGGGUUGCAGACAAGAUCCAGAGUAAACAGAAAAGAUGCAAGAAGGAUAUAAAUUGACCGACCAUAACCCCAAAGGCUUCCAGAUGGCUAGAGACAAGGUUACUUCACCACAUUGUGAAAAACAAUAGAUAACCUUGCAUCAAUCUGCCUUUUAUGUACUUUAAAAUAAAGUUUGCAAACAUAGGAUCAUGGAUUAGAAUUUAGGUCACUGAGAAAAUUUGUACAAAGCUCAUCCUGAUCACCAGAGGAGUAUGAAAUACUUGUGCAGACAUGGCUUUUGUAGAUCCUGAUCUAUAACAUUUCCGCAAAUGAAGGUGUGGGUAUUGUGGGUUUUUGUUUGUUUGUUUUUGUAUAGCUACUGAUUAUAGAUUUUAUUAUUUUCUUCAAUAAAAUAU